AUGACAAGGGAAGAUAAAGUAGAAGAGAGCUUCAAAGAUUUGGAAAACAAAUUGAUUAAAGUUAAUGGUGCCGUAGUCGUCCAAGACAUAGCUAGGGACAUAAAGGACAUGAUGGACACCAAAGCUGCCGCGGUAAAGCAAAUUUCGGAAUAUGCCGAAUUUCUGUCUUACCACAGAGAAAAUACCAGCCUUUUCGCCAACUCCUCCUUCUACUUCUUCGACGCAGAUAAUAUUACCGAUAACGAGAAAAAUUACGACAGGCAAGAAGAAAUAUCAGAUUAUGUUCUAGAUCUCGAAUGCCAGUGGAUGUGCUACCAGAUGAACCUAACACAUCUACCUAACAACAUAUUUUCCAACAAGAUUUACAGAGAUAAUCUUUUCCAAAGGCGGAAGAAUGAAAGAGGCAAGGAUUGUGACUGCGAUCCUCGUAAUCUACCAGACACGUACCGACCACCUGAAUCAUUCAUGCAUCUUCCAAUGGACGACAAUAACAACUUUGACGAUAAAGUGAACACCAAUCUGAGCAUAGCGAAAAUUGCCAUAAACGUAUAUGAAAGAGAGCAAAUCAUCUUGGAAGGACUCAAAUGGUCGGAACCUUUGGACCUCGUCUUCAAAGACAAUUUUGCGAAUGACCCUACGUUAACUUGGCAAUAUUUCGCUAGUCCUAGAGGAUUUAUGCGUCACUUUCCAGCUGUUAAGUGGUCCGACGAAAGAUACGACAAAUCCUACGAUUUCCGUACACGUACUUGGUACACAGAAGCGAUCACAUCUCCUAAAGACAUCAUAAUACUCCUGGAUCGGUCUGGGUCUAUGAGGGGCGAGCGAAGAGGAGUAUCGAUGCAGAUAGUCAACCAGAUCCUUGACACGCUUAACGAUAAUGACUUUGUGAACGUUUACACGUUUACUAAUACAACUGAGCCACUGGUUGACUGUUUCAACGACACUUUAGUACAAGCUAACGAGGAAAACCUAAGGUUGUUAAGAGAAAACUUGCCGGUGUAUGAAUUGAAAAAUGCUGCUGAUCUGUCAAUCGGCUUUAGAAAAGCCUUCGAAAUUUUGGAGAACUUCAGAGACACGCCAACUAGCGCUAGAUGCAAUCAAGCGAUCAUGAUCAUAACCGAAGGAAUCGAUUACUGGUAUGACACAGACAUAUUCAAGAUCCACAAUCAAGAGAAAAACUUUCCCGUGAGAAUUUUUACUUAUCAAAUUGGUGAUUCCAGUUCUGACGCAAGGGAACUGGAGUGGAUUGCUUGCGCGAAUAUGGGUUAUUGGGCCAAUAUAACCGUGAUGGGAGACAUAAGGGAGAAAAUGUUAAACUACUUAAACGUAAUGUCGAGGCCAAUUAAUUAUGACAAAAAUAACAAAACCAACCGGAAGUACAUCUGGAGCUACUUACACGUAGAUCUUGCCGACAGGCGACUGUCCAACUGGCUAUGGAAAAAAUACGAAGGUAUUAGACAAAGGAAGAUAUUUCUAGACCACAUGAAAAGGAAAUCCAUGAGAUUUUCCGAUUUUUUUACCAGUCCCAACCACGUACUACUGCAAGAUACAUAUAGUUACGAAAAAUAUGAGAAAGAAAUGAAAUAUAAGUACAUGACUACAGUAUCCUUACCGGUAUAUGGUAGAAGAGAUGAUGAGGUAGAGCUAAUUGGUGUUGCUGGUGUUGAUGUGCCAAUCAAACUCUUCAAAGCUCAAAUUCCUUUCGACAAACUCGGUGUCAAUGGCUAUGCCUUUAUUGUAACAAAUAACGGAUACAUCUUAUUGCAUCCUGAUCAUCGCACCCAAUUCAAGAAGAUACUAAAACCGACAUUUAACAGAGUAGAUUUUGUAGAGGUUGAAAUAUUAGACGACGAUAGAAAUCCUAGAAUGUUCGGAGAGUCUAUAGUUAAGUUACGAGAGAAGUUGGUUAACCAAAAAGAAUUUAGUCCUGUUACAUUAGAUGUCAAGUAUUCUUUGAAUGAUAUGAAACGUUUGAUGCUGGCGAAACGCCACUACUUUUAUGCUGCCAUAGGUCCAUUCACUUUAGGAAUAGUUCUUCCUGACAAAUACGGUUUCGUGAAAGUAAAUAAAUCUGCUUUAGAGGUACCACCGUGGCAUGUCAGCUACAAUUCCGUAAUGAUUAAAAGCUGGAAAGCCCAUCCAGACUGGAUCUACUGCAAAACCUGUAAAGAUGGUACUAACGAGAAAAAGAUCGAAACUGCUUUUGCUUGGGAAAACAAAUCGGAACUGCUGAGUUCAUUUCUCUACGAUUUAGAAGCCACCAAAUGGUUUGACGAAAAAAUAGACACAGAGGAUAAAUUUACAUCCAAAUACAUUGCUCAUAAAGUAUUUCUUGCUACUUACUCGGGUCUGUUUCGAUGGCAGACUCUUAAAGACGUUAUCGAAGAUGGCGAGGGGAGUUUUGAAGAUAGAAAUAGUCAAACUAUUGACGAGGAUUGGUAUAGGAGGGCUGUUGAAAUGAACUUCAGUAACGAGACUAUAUUCAUAUACUCUGUUCCUUUCCAAACAUCAGGAUAUGAAGACAAUACGAUGAUAACUAGUACUAAGGCAAUAUUUGUGGAAAAAGAUGAUAUGAAGACCCCAGUCGCAGUUGUUGGCUUGCAAUUUAACCACAGAGCCAUGUAUGAAUUGUACAACAUUACUACAAAACAGUGUAUAGACCUGGACAACAAGACAUGCGAAUACACCUGCGAAUCGAAUUUCUUGGAUUGCUUCAUACUCGACAACAACGGUUACGUAGUUCUAAGCGACGAACCAGAGUUCAUAGGCAGGUACAUAGGAGAUAUAAGACCGUACAUCAUGUCUCGACUGACGGAAGAACAUGUCUACAUACAGAAAAGGAUGUACGACUACCAAGCCAUUUGUCAGAAGAUGCCACCACCGCCAGAUAAUGACACUGAGGAGGUAGAACAAAAAUUUUAUCAAAGUAUUAAGAGAGAUACGAAAGCGUUUGAGAAAUUGGCGAUAAACAAAACUUUUCCAACGCCAUGUGACCACGAAAUGUGGUUGUAUAAUUUAAACGAGAGUAAAAGUUUCCCGUAUGACCCCUUCACUGAAGCGACAACUAAAUUUGACUGCGACUGGCCGUUUGUGGUGGAUAGGAUACCAAACACAAACUUACUCUUCAUUGCUAUAAACGGGGAAGAUACCUGUAGCAGAUCGGAUUUGGAUCACAGGUCACCAGAACCUCAAGAAAUCAUUUAUAACUCAGAAUCCACCAAUAUAAAUAAGAAUGAACUGCCAUGUUACAUAGCAACAAUGAAUAAUUACACCAGGAGGAUGUACAUGGGGUGCAACAGAAGGGAUAAAAGGGAAAAUAAGUUAAUUGGAAAUGCUUCCUACUGUGGCCAUUAUUGGAAAUAGAUUUUGCCACAAGAAGGAUCGUUUGGAUCUACUUCGUGUAUAAUAAUUACCAAUAUUAUUCACCAUUGCUGCCUUCUUCAUUGUUCAAUAAUUGUUGUUGUAGCAAUAGUAAUGCUUACAGCAGAACCAGGAACAGUUGUCUUGUGAGAAGCAGGAAAUAAUAUGUACUUUGUAUCGACUAAGAAAUAUGAUGUGCAAUAAAAUAUUUAUGUCAAGCUUGAGAAAUAUUUGCUAUAGAUCAUAAUAAUAAUAAUAAUG